AUGGAAGAACUCACGGCUUUUGUAUCCAAGUCUUUUGACCAGAAAAGCAAGGAGGGUAACGGCGGCGGCGGCGGCGGCGGCGGCAAGAAGGAUUCCAUUACGUACCGGGAAGUUUUGGAGAGCGGACUGGCGCGCUCCCGGGAGCUGGGGACGUCGGAUUCCAGCCUCCAGGACCUCGCGGAGGGCGGCGGCCACUGCCCGGUGCAUUUGUUCAAGGACCACGUAGACAAUGACAAGGAGAAACUAAAAGAAUUCGGCACCGCGAGAGGAGCAGAAGGGAUUUACGAAUGCAAAGAGAAGCGCGAGGACGUGAAGUCGGAGGACGAGGACGGGCAGACGAAGCUGAAACAGAGGCGCAGCCGUACCAACUUCACGCUGGAGCAGCUCAACGAGCUGGAGCGGCUCUUCGACGAGACCCAUUACCCCGACGCCUUCAUGCGCGAGGAGCUCAGCCAGCGCCUGGGGCUUUCCGAGGCGCGCGUGCAGGUUUGGUUCCAGAACCGGAGAGCCAAGUGCCGCAAACAGGAGAAUCAGAUGCAUAAAGGCGUCAUCUUAGGCACCGCCAAUCACCUAGACGCCUGCCGGGUGGCACCUUACGUGAACAUGGGAGCCUUAAGGAUGCCUUUCCAACAGGUUUUGUGCACCGGAGCUCUGGGGACCUGGUGUCGCCGGGAGAGGCUUGCGGACCUGGUUACCCGGGAGAGCCUUGGGGACCUGGCGUCCCGGGAGAGGCUUGGGGACCUGGUGUCCUGGGAGAGGCUUGGAGACCUGGUGAUCCGGGAGAACCUUGGGGACCUGCUGUCCUGUGAGAGGCUUGGGGACCUGGUGUCCCAGGAGAGCCUUGGGGACCUG